GAUUAUAAAUCCGCCUCGAUCUCAAUCUGAACUACAGCUGUUGACAGCGGCGGGAUAACGGUCCUUGUGCACCAGGUCUGAUCGACGGCUGAAAACUGCCCAGUCACCAGCGGAGACAGCUGCCGCCGCCGCGGGAUCGCCACUUCUAGGCAUCUGCGCAGCAACAACAAGAGAACGUCGCAUUCGUAAAAAUGCCGUUUACCGGGAACGGCGUCCUGCUGACGGCCGCUCUGCUGCUCCUGUGGCGGGCGCAGGAGCUGACGGAGGCAUGCAGCUGCGCUCCGGUGCACCCGCAACAGGCGUUCUGCAACGCCGAUGUAGUGAUCCGAGCCAAGGUGGUGGGCGAGCGAGAAGUGGACACUGGAAAUGACAUCUACGGGAAUCCCAUAAAGAGGAUCCAGUACGAGGUCAAACAGAUCAAGAUGUUUAAAGGUCCCAACCAGGACAUCGAGGCGGUCUUCACUGCUCCCAUGUCUGCCGUCUGUGGAGUCACCUUGGAUGCCAACGGCAAGAAGGAAUACCUGAUCUCAGGCAAGGCGGAGGCCAGUGGGAGCAUGCACGUGACCUUGUGCGACUACAUUAUUCCCUGGGAGUCCUUGAGCAGCACCCAAAAGAAAAGCCUGAGUCAGCGUUACCAGAUGGGCUGUGAGUGCAAGAUUGUGCGCUGCCCUUCUCUGCCCUGCGAGAUCGCUGCUCCAGAGGAGUGUCUGUGGACGGACCUGAUGAUCGAGAAGCAGGUCCACGGGCGCCAGGCCAACCACUAUGCCUGCAUCAAGCGGGCCGAUGGCUCCUGCUCAUGGUACCGAGGCAUCGCACCACCCAAGAAGGAGUUCCUGGACGCUGAGGACCCUUAGUCAAGUGAGAUGUCCGACUGCCCACUGAUGGAAAUAAAUGUAAAAUAAUAUGUCGGGGAGAUUAAAGAAAUGAUUAUUUUGUUUUCUAUGAAUAAGUGACUGAAGUUAAGAGAAGUGCUGAGUCAUCUCUAUUCUUUUUUUGUUGGUCCAGAACCAUCUCCAGCUGAACAGUCUGAUCACAUUAUUUUGGUGACGUUACUACCGCAGCUUAAACGUUAUAGUUAAACCUGUUUCUUUUCUAAGUAUCGAUAAAUAAUGUUCAAAGGUUUUGAAUGAGUCAACGUUGAAAGUGUGGAGAAAUCACGACUUCACCACCGCACGAUGUUAGAGCUGUAACAUGCAUCGAUUGUCCAGCUGGAACCCAUCGAUUUUGUUUGUGAAGAAUAGCAUGAAGCAUAGACUGGUCUAGUGAUGAUGUUACUUCCUCCUGAGGCUGGCGUCAGGAGGCGCCACACUGAUCAUUCAACAGCUCUUCUUUCAAACGGAUUCUACCAAAGUCUAAAUCCAAGUUGCCUUUUUAUAAUUAUGUCCUUUUUUUCCAAAGAAUUAUUUUUGAAAUUGAGCAAACAAACUAAAACUAAUAAUUUUAGUGAGACAAUAACAGCAUUCUGAGAGACAACUACAGGAUUUCAAGUGCCAGGAAACCCUGGAUUCCGAAAAUGAAAGUGAAUUUCCAACAAAAUUUCAAGCUCAUGUCAAAAAUCAAAGUCCAUCAUUUUAUUUUCAAGAUGUACCAGGGUUUCAAUCAUCACGGGCCUCACUGGAUCAGUCUAUGGUGUGAGUGUGUGAAGGUGGUGAACCCCCGUGAACGUCUCCUCCCUAUGUAGCUGUACAGCACCUAUGCAUAUACUUUUGUUGUCAUUGAUGGUGAUUCCGCUUAUUAACUGCAGUAGAACUAGAUUUGCACUUUUUCAGGAUGAUGAUUUGUGAAGACAAGAUCCAGAACAUUGACUUUGUUUACUUGGAUUCUGGUACUGCUCUCUACCAAACUUUGUGAUGUCACAUUAAAGUAAAAAUUCUGAUAGUUAUAAUAAACAAAAGGCGGUAUAUAUCAGAAUUUUUAAAUGUUAGAGUAAGUCAAAUUGGAGUAUCAAUCUAAAAAUCACUCCCAAAAACAAUGAUAAACAAUCUUGUUUGACUUCAGGUGUAUUUUUGAGUUUGGCCCCUCGGGGUUAAGAUGUGUCAAGGUGGUUCUUGUUUUCCGGUGUCUGUGUAAACGUAGCCAAUGACUAAAGUCAUUCCUCUGAUUCAGAUUCAGCUCCUGGGUAGUUGUUUUUACCAAAGCGUGUUGUACCUUUGAUGCUCUAACAGAGCAAGUUUAUUUUACCCCCACAUGGACGCAAUAUCCUACAGUCUCACUCAUUGAAUUUCUAUCAUCAUCUGACAGUAAACAGUUAAUGAUUUCAUGACUUAUCAUUCACAUCGUCUUUCUGCUUCAUCCUAACAAAAGCUUUAAUCUGAAGCUAAUAUCAAAGUUUACAAUGCUGUUUUUUACAAACCUAUCAUUACAAAAAAAGCCAAACAAGCGGCAUUAUUUAAAAAAAUAGCUUUGUUUACCAUUACGUUGUAUUUUCUGCAGUGUUACGAUUACUAAUAUUACCUAUCAUGACUCCUGUGUUUUGUCCUAAAUGUCUUUAGCAGUAGAUUCAAGAGUCCUCUUGCGCUGGAGCAACGUGAGAGAAUAAUGGUAGUUUGGGGAGAUGCGGAGAAAUGAGUUCUUUGUGUGAAUAGAGGACUGUGCAUGUGUUGAUGAUUUGUGUACAUCUCAGCAAAGGACAAAAUAUUCAGUAUUAUCAAGUAAAAAUAGUAAAUAAAAACAGGUUUGAAAGAAGAAAUGUGUGUCUG